AUGAAAGAAGUUCAAAAUAGUUAUGCUACAAAACUUGGGGGUGAUCCAUCUGUAUCGGAUAUGAAUGAAUGGGCCAAAACUGUACCAUCAAAUUCUGUCAUAACUAAAUUUAGCAUAAGAGAAAUAUUUGAUUUAUUAACCAAACAUCGUUUCCCUAACGAUUCACAAAUACAGAACAAAUCAAAGUUAAUUGAAAAAUUACUAAAGAAAUAUAUUCAACAACCAUUGUACUGUUAUAAUAAUUGUACAAGUACAUUACAUGGUACAUGUGAAUCGUCAGGCUAUUUUCAAUUUGGUAUAUGUAAGUGUAAAAACAGUUGGACAGGUAUUGAUUGUUCAAUCUAUAAUUCGUCUACAAAACCUGUAGUAGUUUACGGAAGUGUUCUGAGUGGUACGCUAUGUGGGUUUGAUAGAUCUUAUAUACGUAAAAACUGUGAUGGCUACCGACCGUGGAAUGGAUGUCCUCAGGGUUGGAUUUCACGAUUAUGGGUUGGUGCUGAUUUUACUGUUUGCUAUAAAGCUGUUACAUCAAAAAAUAGUUCAAGCAUUGCUGGAACUUUAUGUGGUCUUUAUAAUUUUGGAGGUAAAGAAUUUGUCGAUAUUUUAUGUAAUUAUACGUCAGAUGCUAAAUGUCCUGAUUACUCUAGAUCAGGCUAUUCGCCAGUAUACUCUUUGUCGUAUGUUAAUGGAUUUUUACAAUCAUCAAAUGGCUUCUGUAUGAAAUCGAUUUCAAGUUACCCAGAUUUACCAGGCACAUUAUGUGGCAUACAAUGGGCACAAACAACUGAUGGGCCUGCAUGUGAUGGUUAUAAUCCUGGACUCUCUCAUUGUCCAUCUGGAUAUGCAGUUCAAUCAUGGAUGUUAGAGCCAGCUAAACAUUUUCAUUUGUGUGCAAAACUAUAA